AUGUCUUUGGUUAACAGUCUAGUGUUUCCUCUGAUCCUGCUCCUUGCCUCGACUUCGGUUUUUGGCCAGAGUGAGGCGGCCGAUGAGUCCCGGAUCAUAGGAGGUCAGUUUGCCUCUAUGGGACAGUUUCCCCACCAGGUGUCCCUGCAGCUGAAUGGCCGUCAUCACUGUGGAGGAUCCCUCAUCUCGGAGACCAUGAUCGUGACUGCCGCCCACUGCACCAUGGGUCAGAGUCCGGGCCAAAUGAAGGCCGUUGUGGGAACCAACGACCUGAGCGGCGGAAAUGGUCAAACCUUCAACAUUGCCCAGUUCAUCAUCCAUCCGCAGUACAAUCCCCAGAGCCAGGAUUUUGACAUGUCCCUGAUCAAACUAAGCACUCCGGUGCCCAUGGGAGGGGCAGUGAAAACCAUCCAAUUGGCCGACUCGGACUCCAACUAUGCCGCCGACACCAUGGCCACGAUUAGUGGCUUCGGAGCCAUCAACCAGAACCUCCAGCUGCCAAACCGCCUAAAGUUCGCCCAGGUGCAACUGUGGAGCCGGGACUAUUGCAAUGCCCAGAACAUCCCUGGACUCACGGAUCGCAUGGUGUGUGCCGGGCAUCCCAGUGGACAGGUGAGCUCUUGCCAGGGUGAUUCCGGUGGCCCGUUGACCGUCGACGGCAAGCUCUUCGGCGUGGUGUCUUGGGGAUUCGGUUGCGGGGCCAAGGGACGUCCGGCCAUGUACACCUAUGUGGGUGCUCUGCGCUCCUGGAUCAAACAGAAUGCUAAUGUUUAA